UUUAAUAUAUCCACGCCACGUGGCCAAGCUGUUUACAAGAUCUACUGUGGAUUCUAGCUAGAAAAUGAGUAUCCAGGAGCUCAUCUCUACAUUGCAAGCAAAGCUACAAAGGUUACAGAGUCUCCUGUCUGCUGCCGAGUCUCAAGAGCAGCAGCAUGAGGCCGAGGGGGAGAGAAGUGGGAUGAGUGUGUUGACUGAUGUUGACAAACUGCUUGAUGAAUACACUGAUAGUCUGAGCAAGAGCCAAAUCCAUGAGCCUCUCAAACAAGAGCAGAUACCUCUGGAUCCUGAUGAUAUGGAGUCUAGUAACAGUGAUCAAACUCCCUCUAUCACAAUGGGGUCGGAAAAAGACACAAGCGAUCAUACCCCUCCAUUGGACUUAAGUGAUAAACCUGCUGAUAAUCUAAGCUGUAUUAUAUUCCGAGAACACAGCUAUACCAAACACAACGUUUCCAGUCUAAAAGAAAUGACUGUUGAUCUCACUUCAAUACCUGAGGACAAGACCAAUAUUCCCAUAGAAGAGAAAUCAUCGAUACUAUUGCAUUCAACUCCAAAGACUAAAGUCCCAACUAGGUCUAGUGAACCGAUUAUCAUUACAUAUGAAAUAGACGUAAAAAAGCAGUCACCCACAGCCACACCCCCUACUGACUCGUAUAGCAACAAGACCAUACCUCCCACUGAGCCAUGGGCUAUACCUAAAGUCCCCACUAAUGAGCCGAUUAUUAUUACAGAUGAAACAGACGUAAAAAAACUGUCACCAACAGCCACACUCCGAACUGAGUCAUGUGGCAGUGAGGCCAUACCCCCCACCCCCACCGACUCGUGUACACUCCCCACUGAAUCAUGUAGCACCGACCGUGUAAAGCUUGAUGAUAGUGGUGGUUUUAAUGAUCUUCUCGGGGAGUUUGACAAUGCUGAAGAUUUCUAUGGCAUGUUUGAUGAUUUGGUUGAGAGUGAAUUGUCCAAACAGGACGCUGAUUCCAUCGCAACACAAGACGAAAAGCGUAUGAGGAGGACAGUGGCAGAGGUCGCAGAAGAUGCCAAUAUAACUGACCAUUUUGAUCCCCAAAUCUUAGGCUGCCCUUCCCCUAGUCAAGGACAUAUUGACUUACUCAAGAAAAGCUUUGGAUUCUCACGUUUCAAGCCUGAGCAAUGGAGGAUCAUUUAUUCUGUGAUAUUUGACAAGAGAGACAACUGUGCCGUCAUGGCUACAGGUUUUGGUAAGAGUCUGACGUACCAGUAUCCGGCAGUGUACAGUGGUAAGGUGGUCCUUGUGGUCUCCCCUCUCAUCUCACUAAUGGAGGACCAAGUUAUGGCUCUCAACGCUAAGGGUAUUACUGCUGUGUUACUGGGAUCUGCCCAAUCAGCCAAGACUUCUACAGUGGCACACAUUGAGGGUGGUGGAGUGCGUAUGGUGUACGUGACUCCUGAGUACAUCACCCACCAUAGAGGGCUCAUCAGCAAAAUACACAGCAAAGUGGGAAUAGUCCUAGUGGCCAUUGACGAGGCUCACUGCGUCUCACAGUGGGGCCAUGACUUCAGGGUGGACUACCGUAACCUUGGUGAUAUCCGUUCCUAUCUACCCGAUGUCCCAUUGCUGGCUCUCACGGCAACAGCCACACCCCCUGUACAGAAGGACAUUUGUUCCUCUUUGAAAAUGAAAAAUCCUCUACAAACUUGCACCACCUUGGAUAGGCCGAACCUGUACCUUCAAGUUCACCAGAGAAGUGAAUCGGUGAUGGAGGAUCUCAGAUCUCUCAUGGUGCCUUUAAAGAAAGAAGCAAGGUUGAAAUGUACUGUUUUUCGACUUGGUUUUUAUCUGUUACUUUCCAACUAUAGGUCUUUGUACAGCUUCAAGGGGUCAACAAUUGUAUACUGCCGAACAAGAAAAAUGACGGAAAAUGUUCAGGCAGAACUUCAUAAUGCUGGGGUGCACUGUGCACUGUAUCAUGCUGGGUUAACUAGACUACAAAGAAACGAAGCACAUCAAAAGUUCCUCAAAGAUGAAAUUCAGUGUAUAGUGGCUACGGUUGCUUUUGGAAUGGGUAUCGACAAGCCAGAUAUCAGAAUGAUCAUACAUUAUGGAGCUCCUCAAGAUAUUGAGACAUACUAUCAAGAAAUUGGCAGGGCUGGACGAGACAGUUACCCUAGCGAGUGCCAUGUGUUUUAUAAGCCCUCAGACUUCAAUACCAACAGAUAUUUCAUAUCUGAUCUCAGUAACGAACAGUUCAGAGAUCACAAAACAAAAAUGCUACUGAAAAUGGAAAAAUAUCUGGCUACGUCUACGAAAUGUAGAAGAAAAGUUCUUUUGGGACACUUCACAGAAAAAUUGCCCAAAGACAUGAAGAAAGGGAACGACUGCUGUGACAACUGCAGACACACUCCAAUCACCGAGGAAGCAAUCUCUGAUACUGCAAAGGCUGAAUUCUCAACUGCUGCUAAACUUCUUCUUGGCUUGAUUAAUGAUUGCCCACCUGACAAAUCGUAUGGCCUUACUAUAUAUCUUUUGAUCAUCCGUGGAUCAAAAAGUCAAAAAGUUCCUUCCUGGGCUUACAAAAGCCGAUUCUAUGGAGCUGGAGCUACACACAAAGAAAAAUGGUGGAAGGAUACGGCUGCUCAGUUAAAGAUGGAGGACUAUCUUGGUGAAACUGCUCUCAGAGGUUGCCAGGGGAGGAAUACUAUCAACCUCACUGAGAAAGGAGAGCAAUGGUUGCCUAAGUCAGCAUCCUGUCCUCUCAGUUUUGUUCCCAGUGUUGAAAAAUCCUCCAAACAAAUGGUCACCACCACACCAAAAUCGUUUCUCCCACGUCCCACCACUCUUCCGACAACCACACCCUUCUCUCCCACCGGUAGUAUCCCGACAACCACACCCUUCUCUUCUCUAACUUCUUCGUUCACCUCCCCAACAGACAAGUCAGUCAUUAUGCUACCCAUCACUGAUUACCCUCAGGGCUUCGAAACGAUUGAGAUAAAGAGAAAAAGUGUCGUACUCCCCACACUAUUUCCUGCAAAAGAUCCUAAAAUCAUUAAGCUUGAGAAUACUCUUUAUAACCGGCUGAUUCAGUUCCGGAAUGGAAUUGCUCACGAGUUGAACAUUGCACCGUUCAUGGUCGCAACCAACACUCUACUCGGAGAGCUAGCCAAGGCGAGACCGUCUUCCCUGGACACGCUAAAAAGAGUGGAGGGAGUGUCUGAUGUGUGGGUGACACGGUACGGAGAGAUAAUGCUCACAGUGAUCAAAGAUGUCUGCCGUCAGGGCGAAGGAGAAGCUCCAAUGGACGUUUUCCAUCAACAAUCUGCACAACCGGAAGAAACAUUUGUCGAGUACCCUCUGCACAAACGGCUGAAGGUCAUCUACAAAUUGACUGAUACAGAGAAAUCCAGUUACAAUCUUUUCACUGAGAAGAACCUUUCCGUGGAGGAGAUCGCUGAGCGAAGGAUUAUUUCUCCUGACACCGUCCUGAGCCACCUGGCCGGUGCCUUGGAGGCUGGCUACAUUGUGGAUUACAGAAGAGCUGGUCUAUCUGAAGAUAUGGAAGAGCAAAUCACACGUGCCAUCAGGAAUGAACCCAUCUUCUCAGACAUAAGCAAGCUCCAAUCCAUCAUGAAGCAGCUGCAAGAAACUGUUGACAAAGAUGGCCUUUUAACCUAUGGACACCUAAAGCUGACGAUAGCGGUGAUAACCGUUAAGACGGGGUUUAUUCGUCCGGGGAAGAUAUCUGGAGUCCCCACUCACAUGGCUAAUGUUUCACCACCACAGAGCUCCUCCAUCGUAGCCUCUAUAGCAGACACUCCUUCCUCUUCCUCACACUCGACCACAGUCACAGCUCCACUACCCAUCUCACAGCCGACCACAGCCACGGCUCCACCACCCAUCUCACAGCCGACCACAGUCAUGGCCAUCUCACAGCUGACCACAGCCACACCUCCACCACCUAUCUCACAGCCGACCACAGCCACAGCUCCACCACCCAUCUCACAGCCAACCAGAGCCAUGGCCAUCUCACAGCCGACCACAGCCACAGCUCCACCAUCCAUCUCACAGCCAACCAGAGCCAAGGCUGGCAAGAGAAAACUGCCCGGAAAUUUCGGAUACACCUCUCGGUACAAACCAAAAACUAAGAACAAACGAUUCUGGUAAUUAAACAGCUUUCAUAUAUUCAUAUACUCUUUUCUGACAACUAAUGCGUUGGUUUAUUAUUACUCUUCCUUCAUAUUUUAUCAAUCCAUAUAUGAACUGUAUCUAUAAUUUAUACAAAAACUUAAAUUUAUAGAUCAACCUAAAUUUACGUCUCUUUUGUUCAUAAUUAUGAUUAUUAUUGCUCUUCCCCUAUUUCUAAUCAUUAAUUUAUCAUCCACGAAUCAUAACUGUAUAUAUAUACACAAACUUGAAUUUAUGAAUGUACAUCUCUC